CUUUUUAUCCUGCGCAUCAACCUCUGGCCAGGUUUUUUUUUUUUUUUUUUUUUUUUCCUUUUUCUUGCUUGGAGCACAGCCCGUUCUGAGAAGCAUGAGCUGUUUUCUGGCCUUGACAUAGCCUUCGAUUUUCUGUCGCUCCCUUGGAGCAAAACCCCUACAGAAAUGCCUGCCGGAGGUACGGGUGAGAAGCUUGCGAGCGCCCUCACCGCGGUCGCCGGUGUAUCGUCGCUUGUUGCCACUAUCUUGUCGGUCAUCUCGAUUUUCUUCCAGACAAAAAACUAUCGCAAGCCCCUUCUACAACGAUAUGUAGUGCGAAUUCUACUCAUGGUGCCGCUAUAUUCAAUAGCAUCAUGGCUCAGCAUGAUCUCUCUCAAAACGGCUGCCUUUGUUGACCCGAUUCGUGACGUAUACGAGGCUUUCACGAUUUAUACCUUCUUCCAACUGUUGAUCAACUACCUGAGCGGCGAACGAGCUCUCAUCAUUAUGACCCAUGGACGCGAGCCAGUCGAACAUCUAUGGCCCAUGAACUAUGUUAUGUCACGGGUCGACAUAUCGGACCCAUAUUCCUUCCUGGCCAUCAAGCGCGGAAUCCUACAAUACGCAUGGCUAAAGCCUACACUCGCCCUGGCAGCCGUCAUAAUGAAGGCAACGGGCACCUACAAAGAAGGAUAUCUGGGUCUUGACUCGGGCUAUUUCUGGAGCGGGCUGGUCUACAACGUCAGCAUGACCAUCUGUCUUUACUGCCUUGCCCUCUUUUGGGUGUGUAUGCACGACGAUCUCAAGCCCUUUCGCCCGGUGCCCAAGUUCCUCUGUAUCAAACUUAUCAUUUUUGCCUCAUAUUGGCAAGGCUUCUUCCUCUCCAUCCUUGUAUGGCUGGGUGCUAUCACGGACAAGGUGGAAGGAUACUCCCCCGACAACCUGGCCGCGGCGAUCCAGGACUUCCUCAUCUGCAUUGAGAUGCCUAUUUUUGCGGUCGCUCAUUGGUACGCCUUUUCGUGGCACGAUUUCGCCAACGAUGCUAUUGAGGAGGCUCGAAUGCCUGUUAAAUUUGCGCUUCGAGACUCAUUUGGCAUUCGCGACCUCAUCGAGGACUCCAAGGAGACUUUCAAGGGGGACAAGUAUGGAUAUCGUGGCUUUGACUCGCGUGACAAAAUCAUGGCGCAUGAAUCUUCUAAGUCACGACUUGCACGAGUGAAGGCUGGCAUGCGAUAUGAGCGUGGAGGAAAGGGUAAAUACUGGAUUCCCAGCCCUGGAGAGAUCACCUCGGAUGUCAACCCAUACACCCCGCUACUUGGCGGUAAGAACGGCAAUGGCGGUGGCCAAUCGAACUCUCCCGGGGGCCCCAGCCGUACCAGCAGCUCUAGCAAUGUCCAUGAGGAUUCAGGCAUCAUCGGAGAUGACAAACUGGACCCUGAAGAGGAGCUUCUCUACGAUAAGGCCAGGAAGCUCGAGUAUGGGGAUUGGAAUUACCCUGUAAUCAUUGCGAACGUGCCCCGAAGGCCAUGGGAAACCUCACGACCCAGCCCCCAGUCCGGCCGCUCUAGGACAUCUCUGCCGGCUCCCUCAUCCUUUUCUGCCAACGGUCGUGGACUAAAAGAGAGGGACCAAAGGCAAGACGAUGAGGGCGCUGUUGUGGCUAAGAAAUCAAAGGGCAAGGGCAAGGCUAAGCCGCGCGCAGCAGCCCAGUCGGGCCGUUCCACUUCGCCACAGGAAACACCUCGGCCUGCCGUCGAGGCCCAGGCCAAGCCGGAUCUUUCAGAAAUCGAUUUCGACGUUUCUAAAAUGUCAUCAACGGAUGAAAACAACACAAGCUCUGUUGCCCCACAGAGCGAGUCUGAGUCCAAUCACUGGGAGGACGAGUCUGAACCUGCUGUAAUUUCUCCUAAGUACGAUAUUGAUGAGGAAGAUAUGCGAAACGUGUGGGGAGGCAAUGACGAGCCUGGCAAACAGACCCACCUCUGAUAUACUACGAAAGAAUUAGCACGCGUGUGUUUUCAAGUCGGUCACCAGACCCGUUUCAUAUUAAGCAUAGAUACCCGCCUGUUGGCACAUCUUUAAGAAAUUUGAAAGCUUUUUGAACG